AUGCAAAGAACACUGUUGCCGUUGUUCUUAACCCUGUUGAGUUAUUCUGGACUGACUAGUGGGCUCUGCAUCCUGCAGAAUGGUACAGUAGCUCGUUGCCAUGAACUCGAAGAUGUCAAAUAUAUCAAGACCUAUGAUCUUGAUUCAUUGAAGACUUCCAUAGAAAAAUCUAUCCUUCAUCCGGGGUUUUUCGUCAAUUUGACCAGCCUUCGACAUUUAGAUCUUUCAGGAGGUGCCAUUAAGCAAAUAGGACCAGGAAGUUUCAGUCAAUUGAUGAAUCUAAGGAGUUUAAAUCUCGCUGAAAAUCGUAUCGAACAUUUGGAGUUAGGUUCUUUGGAUGGUUUAAAUCAUUUGCACAGUUUAAACCUUCGUAAGAACAAUCUUCGACAUUUGCCGCCAGCCUUGGCUCGUUUAAAGAUUCUGAAACAUCUGGAUGUUCAAGGUAAUCCGUUGCAAUGUGAUUGUGCAACACUUAAAGUGAGAGAUCUGAUCGCGAAAAGAGGCGUGAAAGUCUCGAAGAAAGUCUUUUGCGCCAAUCCGAGAAACGUGAAGGGAACGUCGUUGUAUAAGUUAGACACUGCAGUCAUUUGUCACUUUGAGGAACAAGAUCGUGAGAUGCAGAAUGAUCAGGCGUACAAGGACUCGUUGGAAGAUUAUGGUUCUGGUGAUUUAUUCGAUAAAGAAGACGACAGCAUGGAAUAUGUGAUCGAAGGCUCUACUAUGGAAGCUCCGAAGCUCGAAAACGAAACAUCGUUUUCAGAAAUUUCUGUUACCACUGAAUUAUCACGAGAAGUUACUGCUACUACGGAGGAACAAGAACUUCCUAUUCAGACGACAGAAACUGUGAAAUCGACAACCAGCACGGACGACGAAAUUUUCUUUGAUUCCGAAGAGAAAAUUAAGUUAACUACAGUUGACACGACAACAGAGAGAAAGAAAGUUCACGAAGAUGGUUUAUUUUAUCCGACAGAAGGUUCCGGCGACGAAGAAGACGGUUCUGGAGAAGGAUCCGGAACGGGAGUAGAUUUUGGCGAACAAGUGUAUCAAACGGAUAACGACAAGAAGGAAGGUUCUUUUUUCGAGGGGCUUUAUGAUUUAUUUAUAGGUUCAACGAAACCAUCAGAGGAACCUAACUUGGAGGAAGAACAAUUUAUCGACGCAUCUUCGACUAAAGGUAUCGAAGAGGAAGAAUCACUUGUUAACAAAACCGCGGUUGAAAAAGAAAUCGUACCGAUGAAAGUCGACCUCGACGAAACAGUCUCAGGUACCACUGAAGUGGCUAUCAAAACUACAUCAAGACCCACUAGUAGAGUUGAGUUAAUUGACAACGAGUUGCAUGACAUGACAAAAUUGGGCAACGUUAAAAUGGACGAGGAAGACACGGAAGAUGGUUUGGCCGUAUCUUCAGCGAAACAAUCGAAGAAAGGAAUGGGUUCUUAUGUUGUUCUAGCCGCUUUAUUGGCAAUUUUAGCAACACUCAUAGGAUUUGCGGCUUAUAAAGGUGAUUUCUGUAGGAAAAGGAGGAAACGCAGUGACGUUGAGAAUGGAACCGAAUUGAGAGACAUGCAGAAAGCUUUAUUGGAAACGGGAAAUUCAACAACGCAACCGAAAAUAGCUUCGAAUGGAAACGUGGAGAACGCACCGUUGGUUGAAGAUGCGACGGAUCAUGACGAAAUAAAGAGUUCCAACGACUACCGUGUUACGGCGGAAAUACCGAAAUCUCCAAAUGGUACUUCCGGUCAUGCAGAACUGUUGAAACCACCACGAGCGGCCACUCCGCAGAACGAUCAAAAGAUCAAAGAAACAAUUGAUCAGGAUGAAAAAUGCCCCAAAGAUGAUUCGUUACAGACAAACUCAGUAGAUCCAGUAAUCAACAGCAGCCCGAAUUUUCGGCUAGCUGAAGAGAACCAACCUCCCUUAAGUCCUGGUGCUCAGAGAGUAAAGAUCACCUUGCAAGAAAACCCCGAUAGCGUGCCAAGGACGCCUAUACUCAUCACAAGAACAGCGGCUGGUGAGAAUCUAGUCAAGACACCAUGA